AUGUUCUCCGUCUCGGUCUCGCCCAUCUCGGUGGGCUCCAACAUCUUCUUCACCUUCGCCCUCUUCUCCAUCUCCGCCCUGGUACUGCUGCUGCUGCGACGCUUCUUAACGCUGCGCGCUACUCCCGCCUAUCUUAUCCUUCCCAUAUUUCUCGCGCUCGCCCUCCCCGCCAGCGUCGUGCUCCUUGUCCCCAUCGAUCUUGCAUCAAGUUCGCGCGAUGGUUCUGGCCCCAAGGCGAUCUGGCUGCCAGAUCGCAUGGUUCUGGUAUGCUGGCGGAUCGCCUAUUGGCUAAUCUUCGUCCUGACCUGGGUGAUCCUUCCGCUCCUCGGCGAGUACGUCGACUCGGGCUAUCGCGAACCCAGGGCCCGUAUCAUCUACUCCCUUCGACAAAAUGCCCGAUACCAAUUGAUCGUCCUCUGCUGUGCGACGGUGGGGCUGAUUUACGUCUCGAUCCAGGUUGGGUUCGAUUUUCUCUCCAUCAAAGGUCUGGUCAUGGCACUGGCAUACGUCUGGGGUCUCGUGCUCGCCAUCUACCUCAUGGGCCACGGCUUGGUGUCUAUCCCGCGCAAUCUCUUCCGCAACGCCAAUGUGAGCGGUCGUUUGCGGAGGAUCCAGGCCCAUGCGCCCAAGGUGCACGAUCGCCUGAUGGACGCGGUCAAUGAGUUGGAAAGCCUGGAAUCGCAAGUCAACCAGUUACAGCAGCGCAAAACGGGCACUGCGCGCGACUUCCAAGAGUGGAUCGAAGAACUCGGGGAAGGCGCUGGUGCAUCGGACGUGCGGGCCCCGAUUCUCGAGUCCCCGGACACGGCCAGCACGGUUCCCUCGGUCAUUACCGAGCGCUAUCUGGCCGAUUUGACUCGCCGUCUACAGCGUGCUCGACACAUGAAGGCUCGGUUUGUGGAUGAAUGGGAUCGCCUCGUCCAGACUGCGGCCGACUUGCAGGCCAUCAUCAACUCGGCUGCCUCCAAGAAACUCGAUUUCGGUCCCUCGAGCCGUCGGUCGUCCUUCCCCCGAGUCAAGCUUCUAACACCCUACAUGCGGUACCAAGUCUACUCGAACGUCAUUCCUACGGUCAGGUUGGUAUUUGGGGCGGUCUUCGCUGGUGCAUCUGUCUGCAUUAUCUGGUCUGAACUGAUCAAGUCUGUGGCACCUCAAAUAUCCAUCAUCAGCUUGACUAUUGUGCCGAACUGGAAGGAUCCGAAACCCGUUGGCUUUGGCGGGCAGGUGACUGCGUCUGCCUGGCUGUUGUACAUGUGCUCCGCGGCCUUGGUGGGUGUCAACGAUGCCAAGGUUUGGGGCAACCGGGCCCUUGUCCGCCGCAAUACCUACGGCGAAAGUGCAUGCUGGUAUGCGAGUCUGGUGGCUCGGCUUACCGUCCCGAUCGCCUACAACUUUUUAACUUUCUUGCCGAAAGACUUCCGCGCGAAAACGACCUUUUACGAGUUCCUCGGCAGACUGAUCAACCUGACGCGCCUCGGCAAAGGAUUCGACUUUAUUUUCCCCAUGUUAAUUCUCUUGCCUGUGUGCGGGACAUUCUUCAACUGGUAUGGCCGCAUCAAGAACAUCUUCGGGUUCGCUCUCGCCGAAGACGAAGAGCUCCACGAUGUAGAGAACAACCCGUCCGGGUAUGGUCUGGGCGGCUGGCGCGAGGGGCGGGAUCUGAUCGACCGCGAGCUGAAUGGAUUCGGCUCUCUAGCCGUCUCCUCCCGCGGCACCCGCUCGACCUGGGCGUCCGACUUGAGCCCUGGAGGCUCUCGCGGCUCGUCCUCGUCGCGGCUGCGCGUCCCCCAGUCUGAGUCGUCCGAACCGGCCCGACGAACGGUCGCUGCUCCCACGGUUAUUGACGGUGAAGAAGAGGACGAGAACUUCUUCCAGUCCUUCGCCCACCGCGUUCGUAAUACCUUUGAGACUACCAACACGCCCCAGUGGCUGCAAAGAGAUCAACUCCGACUCCCGCGCUGGAUGUCCGGCGACAAUACCACUACCGAAGAAGGCGGUGUCAACAGACUGUUUGGUGGCCGGGCUGUGCCUGGACGCCUGCGAUUAGGUUAG